UGCUUGACUUGAGCUGUGCCGACCAUGAAAUUGUCUCGGAAGGAACAAGUUAGAAACAACGGUGGGUAAAUAUUCUAACAAUGGCGACGACGUGCGAGGUGACGGCCCCCGACACGGAAGGGUCCGGGGAGCAAGACCUCACUCCUCGGGAGGACGUGCCCUCCUCCCCCGACGAGAAUCCAGGCAAAACUCGUGGUCGGAAACGGCGUCGUCGGAAGGCGAGACUCACCGGGCUGAGCCAGCAGAGGCAGGCGGCGAACGCCCGGGAGAGGUACCGAACAAAAUCUAUCCAAGACGCGCUGCAGCAACUUUCCUGUUGUAUCCCGACUCCAGUGCCAACGCCAGCAACCAAACUCUCCAAAAUAGAAAUACUGCGACUCGCUUCGCAGUACAUCGAGCAUCUGACUAACGUACUGAACGAGAACGAUCCUUCGGGGCCUGGUGCGUCCAAGGCCCGCCCAGAAGACGACACGGGCACGGUGAAGACCCAAGGUUCGUCCCGAGCAAGAAGGUCUCGGUCAAGACAACCCCAAGAUGACGAGACAGUCGUCUAUCUGACAAGACGGAGGAUCAAAGACAUGAAGACAGAAGAUAAAGCACAUGGGAGAAGGAAGCCUGGAAGACCGCCCCUCACCUACUUAGAUGUGCUGCAGAGAGACACUGGUCUACAGGCUGAUGGCAUGGGGAAGGCUAUGCAGGACAGGAGCUUCUGGGCUGCCAUGGUGGUUCGGGUGGCAGAUGAGGACUGGUACCCGACAUAA